AUGGAUGCUCAAGCGACGCAAACACAAGAAGUAGCCGAUUAUGAAACAGCGCUCGAUACAGCCGGUGGUGUAGCGAGUGCUUUCUUCUGGGGUAUUGUUGGUGAUGUAUUCGGCAGGCGAAAAAUUCUCAGCUUAACAUUACUCCUAGAUGCAAUGAUCAUGCUGGCGCAGAGUACCGUCAAUGAUUACAGACUGCUGCUGGCUGCGAGGAGUAUGAAUGGAUUCUUGAUAGCAAUCGCAUGGCUUGUCAUCCCAUUUAAAACGGUCGACUUCCACACAGUUUUGCCAGUGGCAUCCUGGCGUCUGUACCUUGCUUUGGGAAGUUUACCAGGGUUUGUGAGCGGUUUGUGGAUGUUAACUUUACCGGAGAGUCCUAGAUUAUUAGCAGAUACAAAUAGAGGCGAUAAAGCUUUGAAACUGCUCACGAACAUACAUAGAAAAAAUAAUGGAAAAGGAGCGGAGUUUAAGAUUAAAAAGAUCAUUCAGAACGAUAUUUUCAUAGACAAAUUACUCGGCACCGAUGAGAGCCGGUCUAAGGUUUUGUUCCUGGGAGUUCUGAAAGACCUAAAAGUUUUCGUUUCCAAGAGUUACGCAGUUAAAUCAAGCAUCAUACUGUUCGUGUUCUUCGCUAACAUGGCAGCAGGGUUUGGUUUAAACUUAUGGAUUCCCGAGCUUCUUCUUCGUAUGCAAGGAAAGGAUUGCAAGUUUGGAAGACAGAUAGCGUUGCCAGAAAACGCUAGGCUGGUAAACGAUAGCGCCUGGCAGGAGUACACCAAGAUGUUCCCACAGGAGGGGCGGUUCAAUGAUAGUAAUUUUGAUACUUACGAAUCCGCUAAUGGAGAGGAGAAGUGCGAUGAUUUUAUGGAUGAUGAUGUGUUUACAUCAGGUCUUAUAGUAGGCGCAUGUUGCGUGCUCGGCAACGCAGCGUGCGCGCUGCUGUGCGCUCACGGCGGGGGGCGGGGGGUGCGGAGAGCGGCCGCGGCGUGUGCGCUCGCGUGCGCGCUAGCGUGCGCCUGCUUAGCAGCUUGCGCGUGUUCGUGCGCAUCGUCGAACAAGGUAAUUUAUUCUUAACCUUAGACCUUUCUCUAUCUGAGUUACACAAAGCCUUAUCAUCAGGUUCAGAGGUGUACUAAGGAAAUAACAACCUGUAGGCAAAGCUAUACGUAUAUUAAUUUAUAAUAAUCACAGUUUUAUCAAAUGAAACAGCAAUCCCAUUUGUGUAUUACAAUGAAAUACCAAAAAGAACCACAAUUUUAAAAUAAGAAAAUCAUCUUUUCCGCAAAGUUCAAAAUAUUUUGUGUUAAUUUGAUUUGCCACUCGAACCUUUAGCAAUCUGGGCGAGUGCUUUCGCCCGGAUAG